AUGGAAUUAACUAAAAAUGAGGAAAAAAAGCCAUCACCACUCGUUGAAAUAUUUUUGGACCCAAAUUCUCUGGAUUCCUUAUCAAAUUCUUUAUCCUCAACAACAACCUCAAAAAACUUUUUUUCAACAGGAUUUUCAAAAGUUUUCCACACAAGGACUCGUUUUUUGAUGAUGAUACUUUGUUUGUUGUGUUUAGCCUCUGUUUGGUCAAAUAUUUUGUGUUUUAAUUUUGCAUUAAUUUGUAUUGACCAUGCCGAGGGAAUUGAGAUGGAAGCUGUGGAACAACAACAACAAAUAAAUGGGAGUGAUGGAAGUAUGUCACUAUUGGAGAGUGUAACUGAAAAUGAAAGUUUUGGAACAAAUUCUUCUUUUUCUACUUUGGACAACAAUAGUUCAACACCUAACAAUAACAGCAAAACACCACCAAGACUACACUUUACUGCUAGACAACGAAUAUUUCUUACGUCAACAGUUGCAUUGGCUGCUUUAAUUUCCAACUUUGCUGUUGUCUCUUUGGUAAACCAUUGUGGAAUCAGAACAGUUUUUGCCUGCUUGGGAAUGCUUUCAGCUUUAUCCACUUGUCUUUUGCCAGCUGCUAUUGAACUUGGGUUUUACUAUGUUUUAGCUUGUCGAUUUCUUCAAGGCUCAUUCACUUCAAAAUGGACAUAUUAUAAACAAAACGGUCUUUUCGUUUCUGCUUUAGUUGCCUACGUUCAAUUAGCACCAGCAAUUACUAUGCCAGUAAGCGGUGCUCUUUGUGAAUUACUUGGUUGGCCUUCAGUUUUCUUUGCGCAUGGUGGUGCUUGUUCUAUUCUUUUCUCCCUAUGGGCCUUAUUUUUUAGAAAUAGCCCAAAUAAGCAUCCAUUUGUUGGAGAAGUAGAACUUCGAAAAAUAGCAGUUGGCAAAACAGAAUUAAAUAAAGAACUUCAAAAGAAAAUUCCUAUUCGCGAAAUUUUACGUACAGCUUCUGUUUGGGCUGUUUGGAUUGCGGCAAUUGGAAAUUUUGUUUGUGUUAAUAUGAUGUUCCUUUAUUCUCCAAGUUAUUUAAAUGUAGUUCUUCGCUUUCCUGUGGCACACACUGGAUUUUCAGCUUCAUUGGCACCUUUAGCCCAAUUCUGUAUUAAAUUACUUGCUGGGUUUACUAGUGAUAAAAUUCGAUUCUUGUCUGAAACAAAUAAAUUACGUCUUUACAAUUCAAUUGCAUUUUUUGGUUCUGGUCUUUUCCUUUCAAUGCUAGCUUUCUUCCCUACAGACCAACCAACUUUAUGUCUAGUUUUAUUAGGAAUAUCAGCUGGAUUGCUUGGAUUUACAACUGGGGGAUUUUUUAAAGCUGGGCCUUUGGUAGCAAAACAUUAUGCGCUUGUGGUUAUGGGACAAAUUUCUUUGGCAAUUACAAUAACUCUUCUACUCGUUCCAAUUAUGCAGAAUACUUUGGCACCGCAUAACAAGGCAGAGGAAUGGCGUUACGUUUUUCUAUUAACUGCUGCAGUUCUAACAAUUUCAAAUUUGGCUUUUUGUUUAAUGUGUUCAGCAGAACCAGCACAUUGGACAACUGAUGAAUUUUCGAGAAAUGCAUCUAGAAGUAAAAUUCAUACAAUUGAGGAAUCAAUAGACCAAAAUGGGCAAUCAAAGUGGAAUAAUAAUUAA